AAAAAUACUCCCAGCAUUAUCUACCCGACUGCUGACAUCUCAUCCAUAACGACAAGUUUCACAAACUUUCAAUCGGAUUUGACUUCCGGUUUAACAAAUCCGGAGCAAAAAUCCCAUUGUCCAUCGACUCACUGAGUCACCCGGAUACUGGAACUGCAACCUCAACAUAAAGCCCCACAUCUAUACUAGCUUCCACCACCAACAAUAACCAUGCUCUCAUUCUCUUUACCCUCCUUCAGUUUCCUCCCAUCUUGGAAACGCCAGACGGUCUUCGACAUCCCACCAGUGAAGAUCCAUGAGACCGACACAGCCCACGAAAAGCCCGCCAGGGCCUUGAAGCACCUGCUCAAACUGAACCACGCGAAUCACGCCAUCCUGUACAACGAGCGGAAAUUCCACAACCAUGCCCCUCAUGCUCUGAGUUCAGCGUUUCUGCAAGGUGCGGACGCGGAUGAUCUGAAUCGAGUGUAUGAGGCCGAGUCGAAGACGCUGGAGCCGUGGGUUGAUUCUCCGGGGGAGAUCAGCACGUAUGACUGGCGGGAUUAUCUUGGACGGCGGGAGUACCAGCGGGCGUUUGUGGAUUUCUUUGAGGACGAGCUUGUGCGGCAUGGGUACGACUGGAAGAAGGUCGUGGCGGAUUAUCUGUUCUCCGGCAAGGAGCCACUGUUUAGUUCGCUUGUUGCUGAUCUUGGGCAUCCGUUGAUUCAUCUGGGUUAUGCCUUUGAGAUGUCGAGUCGGGAGGUCGCUAUGGAGGCGUUGGGUCUUGCGGCGACUUGCUACAACGACAUACACAAGUACAUUGAUGAUUCGUCCUAUUCUAAGGCGGAAUCGUCGUACCGAUCUACUUCGCUUUUUGAGAUCCUAGCCAAAGUUCGGGCUGAUAAGCGCUUUAAAGGGCUGUUUGCAACACCGGGGGACCAUAACCUGGAGACUCUGUUCCGGCACCACGAGGCGGCCCUACUUGACCAUUGGAACGCUUGGAAGAUUGAGGAUCCUGUGCCUCAGUUCCGUGAGAGCCAGCAACUCGCUGCUGCCUUGCUCACUGCUACACCCGCGGAUCCCUCAGAGAAAUACGACUUCUUCCUCGUCCAUAUCCUUACCACCAGCCAUGCGGUCCGAAUCUUACUGCCGUUGAUUCCUGCGCGGUUUCAAGUCCCGCUCGUCAGGCAGUGGUGGCUGAUGACGCUGGCUGUGUACAUCGCCCAGCUCAGACCAGAGAUCGAUCUUGACCGAAUUCGAAAUUACGGCCUGCAAGGAAGAGACUGGAAAUGGACCGCCAAACAAGCGGUCAAGAGCAAGCAUUCUACGGAUGCACAUUAUGUCAAAGCUCUGCGUGCUAUGCGGGAGGCUGCGGCAACAUGGGGAGACUCGGAUGAGCUUUAUCUGAAGGCAGCUGUAAAAUUUGCAGAGCAGUUCGACGGUUGGGGAGGGUUUGUAUAAGGGGCUGUGUCAGUGCUUGGUUUUCUUCAGCGUUUGUAUUACUAUGAACUUUCAAGCUGGGUAAUUGCUGUCCACGACGAUCUAAAAUGCUUAAUCUAGUCAGUUAUGGAAUCAC